UGAAUAGUACGAAUAUUAUAAAUAUUAGUUCAUUUACUGAAUCUAAAAAAGAUUAUUUUUUACUUCCUAAAGAGGAUGAACAAUCUUAUGGUCGUAUUAUUUCACCUUCAGUAUUUUUGGAAACUCACACUUCUGAAGAUCUUCGUUUUCUUCUUGAAGAAGUACUCAAUGUUCAACGAUUGAAACAAGAGGAAUAUUGGAAAGAACAUGUGAUUAAGUAUUUAAAUUCACAAGAACAAAAAAUUAUGGAUGAGGUCAUAAAAGAGCUUUUUAAGCGGUGGGAAGUUAUUAUUAAUGUAAAAGAAGAACUUAAAGGAAUAGAAUUUGUUACGACAUCCUCAACUAAGAAGCGGAGACCAAUUGAUAUCUUUAUUCCAGAUAAACAGUUAAAACCUUUAUUUUAUUCAGAUGAGUCAUUUUUUCCAAUUGAUGAAUAUAAAACAGAUUAUCUUAAAUUAAUUGAAUUGGGAAUGAAAGAAUUAAUGACUAUUAAUGAUUUGAUCAAUCGUAUAAAAAUAUAUACUUUAAACAAUCGUAAACCGGAGACACAUGAAAAAUCCCUUUUAUUAUUGAGAUAUAUUGACAACAAUUAUUAUGCCCUUAGUAAUAGCAAUGAUUCACACGAAUUAUGGAAAGCGCUUACAACGGAAGCGUGGAUACCAGUCAAAAAUCCACAUGGGAAAUCCGCAUUUUCAAAAAUUUCGGAUUGUCGAGAUCUAUUACAUGCAUCGUUCGUCUCUCACGAAAUACCAAUA